CUCCAGCAACCUCAAUCCUUUUAUUAUGGCGGAAUACCUGGUGCGCGUGGAAAGCCUGGGCCUCCUGGAGCACCAGGUCGUGAUGGACGAAAAGGAUCCAAAGGUGACAAAGGAAAUCUAGGAAAGACUGGACCCCAGGGACCCUCAGGAUCCCAAGGUAAUCAAGGUGCUAAAGGGGAACCUGGAAUCCAAGGUCCUCCCGGUCAAAAGGGGCAGCGUGGAGAGGGUGGGGCAAAUGGAAUCCCUGGGAUGCCUGGUGCGAUUUCGCACAAGAACUGGAAAGAAUGUGCUUGGAACAACUUGAAUGACGACAAGGACAAUGGAAUGAUCAAGGCGAGUAGCUCAAGUCUCUAGCUCAUGUCUUUCAUUAUUUUUAAACUAGUUUCUCACUUUAUUGAGAAAAGUUAGUGGAAAGGCCAGAAAAACUUUAUCACUAAUUGACAUGACAAGUUCUGAAAGACUGACUCGUUUUAAAUUUUUUUUUGACAGGACUGCGUAUUUAGCAAAAAUUUAUCGGGCACAGCUCUUCGAGUCUUUUGGACCGGUUCUCUCAGAAUCGCUGGCUGUAAUGGGUGUUGCAAACGCUGGUACUUUACCUUCAACGGUGUUGAAUGUAAGACACCCCAACCGAUUGAUGGAAUUGUGAUGGGAGGUGGAACGAGCCAAAAUAUUCACAGUGUGCGUCACAUUGAGGGACAUUGUACCAAAAUCAAAAAAGGCAAGGUGCGCGUGGGUUUCUGGGUAGGAAAUUGUCGUGGAUACCGCAACGCCAAUGCCUACACAGGAUAUAUUUCAGUGUCCCGGAUCUUUAUAGCGGAAGUGCCCACACCUCAGUCUUAG